CUUUUAUUUAUGCUUAACACAAUGAACAUCGCAACUUCAUUGGAAUCGGCUUUGUAAUACAGACUAAUUAAUUCCUUGAGUUUGUCUAAAAAUACAUAGGAAAGCGGACAUGGGGAAAAAAUAGCAUAUUAAAACUGGAAUCUAAUAUUGGGGGGAAUCUCAAUGUCGUCCGGCCCUAGUCUAUAAUUUACUGAAGAGGCGGAUUAUAAUAAAUUCUUUUCUGCUUUUACCAGUGUUCUUUAAUACAGUAUCUGUACGUAUACUGAAGUAUACAGUACUGUACUGUCCUUUUCACGCAGGAGCUCUGUGCUGGAGUUAGAUAUGUUAUGAUCUAUUUGUGUUUUGUUUGCUGAUAAAACAUGUCAGAUGAUUGUUUUAAGCUCUCAACAUGGCGUUACAGGAGCUAUUUAAAUUGGUCUGAAUGUGCAGCAUCAUCGGGGUCUCUCCCGGAGAGUGUCACUUUCAUCACAUCGCUUUUUCCUCCUCUUGCAGCACCGCGAUCCAGUUGCAGGCUCAUGCGCGCCAUGGGGCCGUAGAAGCCUUUGCGUGGAAACCAGCACACCCCAACGGUCUUGUGUUCUUCCUCGUUAGCUGGAAACAAGGCUGGAUUGACCUCGUCCCGUCGCUCAAGUCCCAUCAGCCCGGGUGCAGGCAGGUCGGACAUCUGGCUGGUCCUCACAGACGUUCGUCCCUCGACUACCAGGAACUCACCAUCACACACGUUCACAUAUUCAGAAUCCGAAGACACUCGGAUGUGGGUUUGACAAAACAAGCCAAGUCGGGACCGCCGGCAGCUUUCUGUAUCUUGGCGCAGUAUCGAGCUUCAGCGGGGCUGAGCACUCCCGGAGUCCGUUUUCCAAGAUUCUCCCCUGAUGAAUGUGAUUCCAGCAGACUGCAAAGCUCUGGACACAGCUCCAGUGUAAGCAAAGCUGUGAGCCCAUUGUUGAACUUAGACGACACCGAAAAACACUGCACCAGAUCCGGCUACACCCAGCACCUUUCCAUGUCGAAGUCAGCCCAGAUGCCGCUGUCCAACAUCACGGUGUCAAAGCCCUCAAUCUCCCGGGUACCCAGCAGCAUGGAGGGCAUCAACCAUGAGCUGGAGAAGGUAUUUAUCAAAGACAGCGGAGAGAAGGAGGAGUUAAAGUCUCUCGAGGUUCCCGAUGGCCGCCGGGCGCCCUUCCCUCCCCAGCAGCGCAGCAGCAGCAGCUCCAGAGGCACUGACGCCCAAAUCCCCUCGGCCCCCGGGCGGUCCAGCAGUUGCUCCAGCCUGUCACCCUGCCCCUCACCUGCCUGUCCAUCAGAAUCACAUGACAGCAGUCCUUACUCCACAGAGGAUUUACUCGAUGAUCCCGAUAAAGACAGUGAAAGCAGCUCGCCACUCCCCAAAUUCGCCUCCUCACCCAAACCCAACAACAGCUACAUGUUCAAGCGAGAGCCGCCUGAAGGUUGUGAGAAGAUUAAAGCCUUUGAGGAGAUGAGCUCCAGGCAGUCCACAUCAGCAUCAGUUCCUCUCUUUUCCUGUCCCGACAAAAACAAAGUCAACUUCAUUCCAACCGGCUCCGCAUUCUGCCCCGUUAAACUCCCGGGCUCCCUCCACCUCAUGUCAGCCGUCCAGUCCGAAGAGCACGAGGACGGGACAGAAACAACGCUGCACGGGGCCCCCGCUGAAGCCUCGACAAGCACCGCCACGGAGGAUCCUCCAGAGGUGCCCGGCUUACCCACAGAGACUGCAGAUCUGCAGAUAGACAGUCCGGCCAUCAGCUAGAACUGAGCAGAGCUGGUCUCUAGCUCUGGGUUUUACCUUUGUCAUGUAUGACCAGUGACUCUCCCAAAACACCCUCUUCUGCUCUGCCAGAGGGGAGCCUCAGUAAUCUCUGCGCUGACACCUCCGACCCCUCUACUAUCUCUGCAUGAUGUACAAUCCGUCUCCGGACACCAAUAACCACUUUGACCAACAAGACUGACACCUCAAUGUUCUGCCCUGUAUUACUACCCCACCUCCGCUUCUGGCAAGGAAAGUCGUAAUUUGUAAUGUGCAGGAAACAUAGGGAAGAAUGGAGCACUAAUGGAAGGGACACGCAUUUUAAACCGAUAGUAUAUUUCUUAUUAAAUUAUGUAUUGUGUUUUGUUUCAAACAUUUGCAGAUUGAAUAAGCUCUUUAUGGAUGUAAAUGUGUGCGUGUGUGAGACCCUCAGGCACAAAACUGUGUUUUGAGCAGGAGCCCAAUAAGCGUUGACUGAAAAUGACCAAUUUUCAGAUUUGUGAUUUAAACACGAGAAAAAGAAGUAAAGGUCACUUGCCAAUUGGAAUCUGUGAAUUUCUUCCCUUAAAAAAAUAAAUAAAAU